UAGUCGUGAGAGAAAAUGGCGUGCGUUCAUUGGCUGUUCGUUGUCGCUGCUCCUCCCCCGGAAGUGCGUCGCAAGGUCAAUCGCAUCGCAAGCAAGAUGGCGACCUCCUUGUGUCAGUGUUACCAGCUGUGUGUCAGGAGAGGUUAUGUGCUGUUAUCCACUCGUCAGUGUGCAUCAUUAUACAACAGAUCUCAUGUCUCUAGGAUAUGUGUCUCUACCUCCAGUACAGCACAGGUGCGGUUCAUGUCUGGCGGCGGUCGGAAAGGAUUCUUGGGAGAGUUUCUGGACAAUCUGAAGCAGGAACUGAGCAAGAACAAAGAGAUGUCUGAGAACAUCAAGAAGUUUCGAGAAGAGGCCAAAAAGCUGGAAGAAUCAGAUGCCCUGAAACAGGCCAGGAGGAAAUAUAAAACCAUCGAGUCAGAAACCGUUAAGACGUCUGAAGUUUUAAAGAAAACUCUCGGCACAAUAUCAGACACCGUGAAGGAGGGUUUGGAAGAGGUCGGUCGUUCAGACAUCGGAAAGAAAAUAAAAGAAGGAGUGGAAGAAGCUGCCAAAACCGCCAAACAGUCGGCAGAGACGGUGUCCAAAAGUGGAGAGAAAUUCGGAAAGACCGGAGCGUUUCGGGCGAUCUCGCAGGGCGUAGAGAGCGUUAAGAAAGAGAUUGGUGACCUUGGAGAGACUGGCCAGUAUCAUCCGCCCACCACACUGAGAAAGAGAAGCGACUUCUCGUCGAAACCAGGAGGCAGUGAAACCAAAGUCUUCGUGGCCAACGAGGAGGCGAUGGGUGUUGUGCUACACAAAGACUCCAAGUGGUAUCAGCAAUGGAAGGAAUUCAAGGACAACAAUGUUGUUUUUAACAGAUUUUUUGAGAUGAAGAUGAAAUAUGACGAGAGUGACAACGCCUUCAUCAGAGCGUCCCGCGCCAUCACAGACAAGAUGACCGACAUCAUCGGUGGGCUGUUCUCCAAAACCGAGAUAUCUGAGGUUCUGACUGAGAUCCUGAAGGUGGAUCCAAAUUUCGACAAGGACUCCUUCCUCAAACAGUGUGAAAGAGACAUCAUUCCCAAUGUCCUAGAGGCCAUGAUUCAAGGAGAACUGGACGUGCUCAAAGAUUGGUGUUAUGAGGCUACGUACUGUCAGCUUGCUCACCCCAUCCAGCAGGCCAAGGCUAUGGGUCUACAGUUCCACUCCAAGAUUCUGGACAUUGAUAAUAUUGAUUUGGCGAUGGGGAAGAUGAUGGAGCAAGGCCCCGUGCUCAUAAUCACCUUUCAAGCUCAACUGGUGAUGGUGAUUCGAGACAUGAAGGGUGAAGUCGUGGAGGGAGAUCCGGCAAAAGUUCUCCGGAUGAUGUACGUGUGGGCACUGUGUCGAGACCAGGAAGAGCUGAACCCGUACGCCGCCUGGAGACUAUUAGACAUCUCUGCUUCCAGCACUGAACAAAUUCUAUGAAAAGGGCACCAAGAAGCUCCGGGAGACACGAGGGAGGGCCAAAAGGGGGUGUGACUCACCUAGGGGGUGUGGCCAUGCACAUCAGGUUGUUUUACAUAACCCCACCCCCAUUGGUGGUUUCUUCCAGAGCUCACCCAGAAACCCUGACAAGACUGCAGGGUUGUUCGGGGGCGAGCCAAACGGGGUGACAAGUAUGACGACACGGGCAUAGGUUGGACGCACGCCACCGGACCAAAACCCCAUCAGUCGUACUAAGAUGAGACUCAUUUCGUGUUUGUAUCAUCUGUCUUAAUUGUCCUGAAAGGAAUGUCAUGUCAAGUGGUUAUGCAAUGGCAUCUAAAUCAAUUUAUCAAUUACAGAUUGCAACUUUAAGGUUGGCCUUUACAAUUUUUCCUCUAUUGAGCCAUAAAAUAUUUUUUUUCCAGUUCAGCCUCAGUUAUGUGGGGCUAAAAUUGUGGGUUAACUUUGAAAUUGUCUUCAAAAUGGCCCGGUUCUUGAACUUUCCAAUUAUAUCUAGAAUAUAUUCCCAUUGUAAUAUAAAAAUAGAUAUUGGCUGAUGUAGAACUUGUUCAUAUGUGGUUUUUCAGUUUGGAUGAAUCGUAUAAAUGCAAUGUGUAUUAAACGUAUUCCACACUU